CAUCCUGACGCGUAUUUGCGAUCGUCUUUUGGGAUUAGAACCACUUAUCCUGAAAAGUCUCUAUAAAGACAGUGCUGAGAUCUGGUGAAGUCAAACGAACUUCCGAAAACGAACGAGCAAGAUGAGAGUGGAUGUGAAAAUAUUCGCGCUACUAUUCGGCGUCGCUUUUGCCGGAGUUAUACCGGAACAAAACGGACAAAGUGGGAUUCAGACAGGUGACAAUGUCAAAUGGGAAGAGACAUCGGCAUUAUGGGAGGACAGACUCUCCACUACCACAGAAGUCCCAUGCGACACUGAAACCACGCAAGGCCCUUACAAAGGAAAUACUCCAACCAAUAACGUGAUCAAUGUCCGAGAUGUUACAGAUACUGGUCAAACCGCAGAUGAUAGUAUACUCACUACUACUGAAGAUGAUGAACACGAUGUGGGUCAGACCUCUAAAAAUGAAGAUGUAAAUCAGGACGUUGAUGAAAGCACAGACAAAGGACUCAAAGACAAGCCAGCUUCUGAGGAACAAGACAUAGCUGGAAAUGGUGAAGGUGUUAAGCGAGAUGUAAAUGCUAACCAGAAAUCAAACACUGACAAGGAUGUUUCAGUUAAAGAGGACGACGUGAAUGUUGAUACUCAAAGUGAAAAAGCUGGAACAAACAACGUAGAUAAGGGAACUGAUGAAGAUGAAAAUAGAGGGGUGGUUAAGGAAGCUGAAAUUGAGAAGCCCAAAGUCGAAGGUGAUGUUAAAGGAGAUGAUGCUAACAACAAGACAUCUGAAGCUAAAGCAGCAGACAAGGAUGAUGUUGCUGAUGUAGUUGAAAAUGAGAAGCAGGAUGUAAGCAAUGACAACCAAGGGCCAGUCAAUGAUGGUGAUGUAAAUGUUGAUGCUGAUAUCAAAACUACUGCAGAUGACGGGACCAAACAUAUCACUGAAGAUGAACAAAGUGGGAUUACCAACGGAAAGGAAAAUGAAAAACGUGAUUCUGAGAGCGAGAACAAGGUCCCUGUCGAAGGUGAUGAUGUCGACGUCAAUGCUCCCAGCGCAAACAUCGAGUCAAAUGAUGGGGAUAAGGAUAUCAAUGAAGAUAAGAACAAAGGCACCUCAGAUGGACAAGAACAUGAACAAUAUGAUUCAAAGAGUGACAACCAGCUACCUGGCAAAGAUGGUGAUGUAAAUGUCGAUGCUGAUAUCAAGACCCCUAAUGCAGAUGAUGUGACCAAGCAUACCACUGAAGAUGAUAAGGGUGGAGUGACCAAGGAAAAGGAAAAUGAAAAACCUGAUUCUGAGAGCGAGAACAAGGUCCCUGUCAAAGGUAAUGAUGUCGACGUCAAUGCUCCCAGCGAAAACACCGAGUCAAAUGAUGGGGAUAAGGAUGUCAACGAAGAUAAGAACAAAGACACCUCAGACGGACAAGAACAUGAACAAUACGAUUCAAAGAGUGACAAUCAGCUACCUGGCAAAGAUGGUGAUGUGAAUGUCGAUGCUGAUAUCAAUACCUCCAAUGCAGAUGACGAGACCAAACAUAUCACUGAAGAUGAACAAAGUGGGAAUACCAACGGAAAGGAAAAUGAAAAACGUGAUUCUGAGAGCGAGAACAAGGUCCCUGUCAAAGGUGAUGACGUCGACGUCAAUGCUCACAGCGAAAACACCGAGUCAAAUGAUGGGGAUAAGGAUGUCAAUGAAGAUAAGAACAACGGUACCUCAGAUGGACAAGAGCAUGAACAAUAUGAUUCAAAGACUGGCAACCAGCUACCUGGCAAAGAUGGUGAUCUAAAUGUCGAUGCUGAUAUCAAUACCCCUAAUGCAGAUGAUGUGACCAAGCAUACCACUGAAGAUGAUAAGGGUGGAGUGACCAAGGAAAAAGAUAAUGAAAAUUAUGAUUCUGGCGCUGACAGCAAGGUUCAUGUAAAGGUUGAUGAUAACGACGUCAAUGCACAAAGCAAGGACGCUGAGUCACAUGAUGCGGAUAAGGGCAUCAACGAAGAUAAGAACCAAGGUACCUCAGAAGUAAAAGAACACGAGAAAGAUGCUCCAAAGAGCGAAAACCAGCUGUCAGGCAAGAACGGUGAUGUAAAUGUUGAUGCUACUAGCCAGACUUCAAAUACAGAUGAUGUAGCCAAACAAACAAUUGGAGAUGAAGAAAGUGGAGUAAUCAACGAAAAAGAUAAUGAGGAACAUGAUUCUGAGAGUGACAGCAAGGUUCAUGUAAAGGCUGAUGAUAUCGACGUCAAUGCUGACAGCAAGCACGUUGAGUCACACGAUGUAGACAAGGAGGUGAACGAAGACAAGAACAAAGGUACCUUAGAUGUAAAAGAUUACGAAAAAAAUGAUUCAAAUAGUGACAACCAGGUGUCAGUCAAGGACCACGGUUUGAAUGUUGACGCUCAUAGCAAGAUCUCAAAUACAGAUGAUGAAGUUAAGCACACUGUUAAGAAUGAAAACAGUGGAACUGUUCAGGAAAAUGAAAAGGAAAAACAGGAUUUCGAGGUUGAUAAUCGAGUAUCAGUUAACGGUGAUGGUGUCAUCAUCGAUGUUGAUAACAAAGCCUUUGUCUCACAUGAUGUAACCAAGCCUACCUCAGGGAAUAACGACGAUGUUGACAACCAGGGUCCAAACAGUGACAAUUCCAAACCUGAUAGUAACCUCAGUAAAGGCUCAAACAGUCCUGCUUCUCAAUCUGAGAACGAAGGCCCAAACAAUGGUGACGCAGGCUCUGAAGGUCACGGCAUUGGUGAGACUGAUGCUGAUUGUGACGAUGGUAAGACUGAAACCAAGGACGACAACCCUAUACAGCAGAUUGUGGAAGGUAGUCAAGCACUUAUUGAUCUAGUAAUAAAUAUUAUUUCGAAAAUAAUACCUCUAGCACCCGAAGAAUCAGGGGUAGGUCCAAGCCACAAAGGAAGCCCACCAGCAGAAGGAAACAAUUCUGCUGAGCAUCACGAUGGAGAAUCCCCUGCUCACGAAGGAGUACAUCCAGGUAAGGGAGGCAGUUCAGAAGAACAUCCUUGUCCUGAGGGAUCAGAAAAAUGUGCAAGCCCCAAAGGAAACCAAUCAGGAGAAGAAAAGGACUCAGACGAACAUCAAGAUGGAGAAGACAAUCAGCAUGAAGAAGCACAUUCAGAUAAAGGAGGCAGUUCAGAAGAUCAUCCCUGUCCAGAAGGAUCAGAAAAAUGUGCAAGCCACAAAGGAAACCAAUCAGGAGAAGGCAAGAUCUCAGCUGAACAUCAAAAUGGAGAAAGUCCUGCCCAUGGAGGAAUUCAUCCAGUCAGUGAAAGACCAAAUAAGAAAGCUGAUCAUGGGAUAGACUUCUCGUCCUGGGAAAGCGACUCAGAUGAAGAAGGAAGUAGCAAGACCAAAAACACCGGGUCUGCAGACCAAGGAGCGUCUAACGAACACCGUAGUACAGAACAGUCCACUGAGCAAGAAGGUCACGAAGGAGGUCAACCAGACAAAAACGGCCACUCAACCAAGGACAGCAGCAAUGAGGAAGAGUCAGAAGAACAAGACAACUCAGUUGAAGACAGCGAUGGAGGACAUCGGCAUCAUGAUUCUCACCAUGAUAGGCACGACAGAAACCAGCAAAACAACAACGUAGAGGAACGUAACAGAAAUAACGACAGAAGAAACAGGAACCACCACAACAAUGAACAUCAUUCGCAUGACAGAAAACGAAAACAUGACUCCUCCGAGGGAACGUCUUUCGAGAAAAAGGUGAGGAAAGAGUUGGAGAAACGAGUCAAACACGAAGAAAAGAAGAGAAAGCAUUCUCAUGAAGAUAGUUCAUCCUCCUCAUCAGAAGAAACGUCUAAAGAGAAAAAAGAAAGAAAGCUGAAGGAGAAGCAAGAAAAGAAAGAGCGAGAAGAAAGAGAAAAGUUGAUGAAGAAGGAGAAGGAAGAGCGAAAAAAGAGUGAGAAGAAAGAGAAGAAAGAAAUUGAGAAGCAAAAAAAGGAAGAAGAGAAGAGGCAGAAGGAAGAAAAGGAAAGACAAAAGAAGAGAGAAAAAGAAGAGAAGAAAGCAAGAGAGGAGCAGGAAAAGAGAGAAGAAAAAGAAAGGAAGGAACGAGAGAAGCAGGCAAAGAAGAUGUUUAGAUAUAUCGUGUCGUCAUCCAGCAGUUCUUCCAGUUCAAGCGAAUCCAUAGAAGCCAGAAGAGCAAAUGUUUUGGAGAAACUGCAAAAAAUUAGGGAGAAUCGCGAAAAAUAUAUAGACGACAGGUACGUUCCUGUGGGUUUGAGGGUACGUGAGGCAAAACUGGCUGCUCUGGAAGGUGCGCUGAAGAGUUUAGAUGGAAAGGACAAGCACCCGAUUGCCGACUCAACCCCUGUUGGUCUCAAGAUAAAGGAAGCGAAAAUUGAAGCAUUGAGAAACAUACUCAGCCAGUUGGAUGAGCAAGAUAGCGACAGCCAGGGCAGUGAAUAUCCUAUUGGUUUGAAGAUUAAACAAGCAAAAUUGGAGGCUGUGAGAGAAAAACUACACAAUUUACAAGAAUCAAGCCAAUAGACACUACUCGAGACGACCCUUGAUGAUCUCAGGCUAUAUUUCUUGAUAUUUAUUUAUUGUAACUGAAAGUGGGCCAUAUGAAUAUUCUUAUAUCUUCAGGUAGUUUUUUGAAUAAAAUUGGUUUUGAAGCAUAUCG